UGGUAGAGAGAUUUUAGUUGGGGGCUGAAGGUUACGGCUAGUGGUGUUCUGUUACUUUCUUUGUAGGGCCUGUGCUGUAGUAGCUGACUUCUGGGUACUCUUCUGGCUCUGUCAAUCUGUUUCUUCACUUCAGCAGAGCUCCCGGAGAACUGGACCGACAUGCAGGAGCCCCUGCUGGAGGGGAUUGGCUUCACACUCAAGUACCUGGGCAUGACGCUGGUGGAGAACCCCAAAGGAGAAGACAUGGCAGCCAAUGCCAUCCGUCGGAUCAUCGCUAUGGCUCGCGUGGGAGCCAAGAAAUUCCAGAAUGUGAUUCUGACUGUUUCUCCAAGGGGAAUCUCACUGCAGGAUGCUGAGACCAAGGAGAUGAUAGAGUGUGUCUCCAUUUACAGGAUUUCCUACUGCACCAUGGACAAGCUGCAGAACAAGGUGUUUGCCUAUGUGGCGCAGAGCCAGCAGAGUGGGGCGCUGGAGUGCCAUGCCUUCCUGUCAUCCAAGAAGAAGAUCGCCCAAGCCGUGACUCUGACUGUGGCUCAGGCCUUCCAGGUGGCGCUAGAUCACUGGGAAACAGCACAGGCAGGCUCUGUGCAGGAACAGUCCCACCCUGAGUGUACCCUGGAGAGCCACAGGCCAGGCAGCACAAGUGAACCAGCUCCAGUCCCCACGGGGAGCACCCCAUUCAAACACCACUUUGAGGAGGAGGAGGAGGAGGAGGAAGAUGAUGAUGAUCUCAAUGAAGCCUUUUCUGGCUGCACUGAGGAGGGCACUCAAGACACAAGAGACUUUGUGUCUCCCACACAAGGAGGCAGCUCGUCCAUCAUGCGCUUACCGCAGAGCUGGGCCCCACCUGGAGUGCCCCCAACACAGCAGGAUGAAAUGGGAUGGGGGCACUGGAGGCCAAGCACCCACCUGCCGCAAGGGACCUUCCUUUAAGGUUUCCACAGGUUAAUGAGGCUUUGUCAGUCUUCCAGUGUUUAUAUAUCACCGUAAUGGGUUAACCAGUCAGAAUCCUCUCUGUGCCUGAGGCUCAGACCAGUCGGCAGGUGGAACAUGGACCAGGCAGCAUCUUUUCCCCACAUUGUGCCUGAGGCAUUGCUCUCCUCUCUGCCCUGUGCCUUUGGACUAACUGGCAGCUCGCCCUGCUUUGCUCCUGGGACAUGGCCAGGCAGGUUUCCUUGACUCUCUUGUAUGUUCAUUUUUGCUGGUACUAGUGAAGCUGCCCUGCCAACAACCUCUGGACUUUCCCCAAUUAGGCUCAGCCCAGACAGUGGCAGGGCUGGCUUCCCACACCCACUGGUCUGCUCUGUGCCACCACCCAGCCCUGCAGGUACUUCCUCUAGAGGUUGAAAGGGAGUGCAGCAUCCAUGGCCUGCCUACUCUUCAGCCUAUCCAUGGAGGGUGCCAGUAAUGGUCAACUGGAACUGGUGGGAUGGGGCUACCCAGACCUGUGGGCCCCAGAACAGCUCCUUGUGCUCCCUAUUGCACUGGCUGGGCUCAACCCCGUGACCAAGUGUGCUGCUGACUGGGCUAGCACCUCAGGCCUUUCCCUCCUCUGCUGUCUGGUUCCGGGGCACAGCUGUGUCAGGUUUUUGGCCUCAUCCAUGUUGGGUAAAUGCAGCAUGCUAGAAAAUGCGUUAGCCAGCAAACUGUGCUGAGCACCACUCGGCACCUGGCAUGUGCAGGGCAGUUGUGUUCCAUGUUGUGUUCCUGAACAUGACUGCCCCAUGCACAUGGGUGCUCCCCACUGUUAGCUGGGCAUGCGCUCCCAGGCAUACUGUGUGUGUGGUGGGGCUCACUGCUGUUAGUGUGCCUGAGAGCGCACGCUUAGCUGAGACCAGAGCAUUGUUCAGUUUUCUCUGGCUCACACAUUUUCUUGUUUGCUGUUUGCUCUGUGUAGAAGAGACCCAUAGCUCCGGUCUUUCCCAUCCCUGUAGCUGAAGCAUGGAAGUGUGAACUGAAGGACUGUGUGGAUGAUGCCCCCUGCAAGCCCUCUGUCCUUACUGCCUCUCUCCUUGGGAUAAGGGUCAGCAGAUUCCUGCUUCUUUGGGGAGUCCUAGAUUUAAGGCCAGGAGGGAGCAUGCUGAGCAUUUGAUCUAACCUAGCCAGGCCAGAGGAUGCUGCCCACAGAUUCAGUCAGUGGAGGAAGGGGGUUAUUCUCUCCUAUGUAGGUGUCGCACCCCUUUGCUGGUAGUCCCAGAGAACCCAUUGCUUGUAGCCCAGAGAAGGCACAAAACCAUGGGGUCUCCUUGCUCCCCUUGUGUCUGUGGAAUGGAGGUCCCCACAGAUCUGACACCUGCACCCCCCACACCCUUUACUACAGCCUCUCACUGUCAUGUGGUGAAAUAACUGGUUUUUAAAUGAAAAUGCCACCUUGGUAGAGUGCGAUAAAAUGAGUUUUUUAACAUUGUAAAAUUGA